AUGUCGUUUAAGCGCGACGAGAGCGACCCGGGACCGCUCGGGGCGCUUCAGAAGCGCCGCGUGGCCGAGCUGCUGGCCAGCGCCAUCCCCGAGGACGAGGCGCUGCUGCUGCGAGACGGCAGGCUGGCGUGCUCGCUGUGUCCCCACCGGCCCGUGUGUGACACUCUGCAGACCCUGGUGCUGCACAGGGCGGGCAGGAAACACCUGGACAGCCUGCAGCGAUCCUACGGCCGGCCCCGCUCUGCCCAGGUGGCCCCGCAGGGACCGCAGGUGGCCCCGGGGGUGGCCCCGGGGGUGGCCCCGGGGGUGGCCCCAGCUGUGCAGGUGGGUGUGGCCCGGGUGGGCGUGGCCUCUGCUCCGUUGCUGGCCCGGACGCGGCGCGUGGCUCGGAGCGCGCUGCUGCCAUCGGCCCCGUACAGCAGCUGCUGCCGGAGAACUGCGUGA